AUGUCGGAUUCCCCCCAAUCCCCUCCAAAGGACAUCGAGCCAGGUGUACAAUCACCCGACGGCGAUGAAGCACAAAUGAACGAUCCUCAGGACCCACACGGCAGCGGGCUCGCCUAUGAGUUCGAGGUAAAAGAGCAGGACAGAUGGUUGCCCAUAGCCAAUGCUGCAACUCGUUCCAUGUCUCACGAUUCGUCCUCCAAGUCGCCAGAAGCGCCUCGCGCUUCCAAAACUGACAAGUAUGAUGGAUACGAUGCUAACAUUCGCAACUUCGCCCCAGUCGCUCGCAUCAUGAAGCUGGCCCUUCCCGAAAACGCCAAGAUCGCAAAGGAGGCCAAGGAGUGCAUGCAGGAAUGUGUUAGCGAAUUCAUAAGCUUCAUCACAAGUGAAGCAUCCGAGAAAUGUCACCAGGAGAAAAGAAAGACCGUUAAUGGAGAAGACAUCUUGUUUGCCAUGACGUCUCUUGGGUUCGAAAACUACGCCGAGGCCCUCAAGAUAUACCUCUCCAAAUACCGAGAACAGUCUCAGUCCAACAGAGGCGAGAACCAGCAGAACAGGCCCAAUAGUCAAGGCUAUGGAGCAAGCGCAUCCGGCGGCUCGAAUGCUGCAGGGUCCUCGGGCUUCCAAGGCGGUGAAUCCGGCGGUAUGGGCGAAGGGGCCGAAGGUGGCUAUAUGUAUGGUCAAAGCGGUCAUAACGGCGCAGCCGGCGAGACCUACUAA